AUGACGCUGGAUAUGGCGUCGUUGGAGGACCGGUUCCAGGUCCUCAAGGAGGUCGGCGAUGGCAGCUUUGGAAGCGUGGCUCUCGCUCGAGUGCGCACCGCUGGUUCAAACGUUGCCCGUCGAGGGACCAUGGUGGCUAUCAAGACGAUGAAGAAGACGUACAACUCGUUCACAGAGUGUCUGGAUCUACGAGAAGUUGUCUUCCUUCGCUCCCUGCCGCAGCACCCUCACCUAGUCCCAGCAUACGAUAUCUUCCUCGACCCGGGCACGAAGAAACUACACAUCUGCAUGGAGUACAUGGACGGGAACCUCUACCAGCUUAUGAAGGCGCGAGACCAUAAACCGCUGGAUGCAAAGACAGUCAAGUCGAUUCUAUUUCAGAUCCUGUCGGGGCUGGACCACAUACACGCCCACCAGUUCUUCCACCGAGACAUCAAGCCUGAAAACAUCCUCGUGUCGAGCAACACUUCGCUAGAUGCUUCAUCGUCUACCUUCAGCCGGUACUCGCACCUAGUCACGCCUCCGUCUACGCCCUCGAACUAUACGGUAAAGAUCGCAGAUUUCGGCCUGGCGAGGGAAACACACUCGAAACGACCGUAUACGAACUACGUCUCGACACGAUGGUAUCGAGCUCCGGAGGUGUUGCUGAGAGCUGGUGCGUAUUCCGCGCCAGUCGAUAUGUGGGCUGUCGGUGCCAUGGCCGUUGAGAUCGCGACCUUGAAGCCUCUCUUCCCUGGUGGGAAUGAAGUUGAUCAGGUUUGGAGGGUAUGCGAGAUCAUGGGAUCGCCUGGCAACUGGUACAGCAAGAACGGAGCAAGAGUUGGCGGAGGUGAAUGGAGAGAGGGCAUCAAACUUGCCCAACGACUAGGAUUCUCGUUCCCAAAGAUGGCUCCCCACGCUCUCGAAACCAUCCUUCCAACCACCCACUGGCCGCUCGCCCUCAGCCAGUUUGUAACAUGGUGUCUGAUGUGGGACCCCAAAACCCGUCCUACAUCUACUCAGGCCCUCAACCACGAAUACUUCACCGACGCCGUCGAUCCACUACGACCCAAGUCAUCUACCGCCCGCCUCCUUGGUCGCCGACAGAGCGACAAGAGCUUCAAGACCAAGGAACUAGACACGCCAACUCCAACUCUUGUCUCGAAGCCAUCAUGGUUUAGACGCUCGAUAAUAGGAGCCAGCGGACGGGAGAGUCCCGCCCUUGUCGUUCCCGUGCUGGAGAACAAUGAUGAAUCAAUGGCGGAACAAGCUACCAUGGUCAAGGUCAGCCCAGAGGUAGCAGUGCAGGUACAGGUGAAGACAAAAGCGAAACGCGCAACCUGGGCAAACGGUGCUCCCAUGCCUAUCCUGCCUUCCAUACGGCCAGUAUCACCACUUUCCAACGCCGUUACUGCCCAGGGUAACUCCCAUGCAAACAAUACCACUACUCCAGCCCGAAAACCUUCAAACCCAACCACCACCCAGCCACCACCCAACGCAGCAGCGUCCAAAAAGGUAUCUCGCCAGCUCUCCGUCAACAGCAACGGAAACCAUUACGCGGAUAUCCACCGUGCCGAAGCAGAGCGUGCCCUCAACGGAUCCACGGCGACGACACCGACACAAAAGGAAAGCUUCUUCUCACACCUCAGGAAACGCGCUCGUCGCUUAUCUGGUAGGAAUCAGACCAGCAUCCCCGCUGAUGAUGUGGAGGCGAAUGCAGCUAGUGCCGCAUGGUCUGGGGCGCCAUCUAACCGAUCGAGUAUGGCAAUCGACCCUAUCACCACUAGUCCAAUUUCGAAACAGACGGCGAAGGGGAAAGGCAAAAAUGGAUUUGCCGAUCUUGACAAGGCGUUGCAGGAUGUGAAGUAUUCGCUGGACAAGGGUAACAGCAACCCACAGCAGAGUACAAGCCAGAUCCCUUCCCCUGCCCAAAGUACCGGCGCAGGUGCGGGUACUACUCAGAGUCCCGCAGGCCCAAUAUCAAGUCGCACCCGACGUGCCCUGCAACUCUCCACCCGUCCCGUACAGCGGUACGAAACACCAGAGGAAGAAGAUGAACUCCUCCAGGAGGUACUAUACUCUACUUCCAACGCUGCGAGACAUUUGAUGGCCGAUCAGCCACCUAGCGAUGAACACGUCUACCACCGUCAGCAGCAACAGCACCACCAGCAGCAGCAACAACAACAACAGCAGCAACAGGCAAAUCCAUAUUCAUACCCAGACACAGACGCGGACACGCCAAUGCAUAAUACUCCCUCGAUACGCACGGUAGAUAACAGCUGUCGCGCAGGCCAUAACCCGUACCCUACCCCAUCUCCUACCGCGAGACGUGACGGAAUGGGUAUGAACAUGGGUAUGAACAUGGGCAUGGGUCUAUCGCUGACUCCUGACGAAACGCCAUCGAAACCAAUGGCCAAGGGAUUUGUCAACAGCAAUGUAGGGAACCGACAAGGCCCCACGCCGCCGUACGAUGAUAAUCAAUGGCCUAGCGCUGUUGGUGUAGGUGGCUUUCGAUAG